GAAAUUGCAUAUUUUACUUUCAUAUAUUUACAUAUACAUAGUGCGGUCUUAAAUUAAUUAAUUUUUCGGCAAUUAUUUCAACUUAUUAAUUUGGUAUAAUUUAAGUAAUAAUUUGGUUUCUAGUAAUCGGUAUUAAUGGUUUAGGAUUUGAAUUUGGCUUUUACAUCGUCGGCUUUCGUCCAUUUUUUAACAUCGGGAGAUGAAGAUUUCUCUUAUAUUUGUCCUCGUGUACAACUUUUUAACAUGCUACGGCCAAACCAAUUGCUGGUCUCCAAAACCAAACUUACAAAUGUUUGGCGGAACUCAAAUUUCGGCGCAAUCAACCGAAGAAUGUCAAAACCUCUGCUUAAGUACACCUGGUUGUAAAGCCAUUGAAUACACUGGCAAUUGCUACACUUUCAACAUUGACGCAGUGCCUACGGCUUCCAAUCCAGCUAUCAUUCACUACAUACUUACAUGCAGUUGUUCGUGGAAACCCUAUGUGGAGUCACAAAGUUACGGAGGAAUUUUUCAAAAUGAUGUAACAUCAUUGGACCAAUGCAAAACCAAAUGCAUCAAGCAAGGUUUUUCGAAUUGUUUAGCUGUGGAAUGGGAAACUUCCAAGAACCAAUGCUUCUUUUUCAAAACUAAAAAUUCUCCUACAUAUUCCAACGUCAAAAAUAUUGAUCAUUAUAUUUGGGAUUGUCAGUCGCAGGGAGUUUCUGUAACACCGACCAUUGCCGCUACAAUUCCACAGCCAUCAGCCGCUCCAACGUGUACAUGGCAGAUAUCAUAUAACAGUAACACUCCUGGCGGAUCCCUGCAAUCAACAGCUCUCAAUAUUGAUUUGUGCAAACAAGCAUGUAUUGGCAAUUUCAACUGCAUGUACGGUUUUGAUUGGAAUUCUAAUGAGCAACCUGGAAGACAGUGCUGGCUGAGUAUCACUGAAAAUAUUGUCAAUAAUAACCUCAUCUCCCACUACAAAUAUAACUGCACCGCUUCAAACACGCCUUACUGGAACGUCACCUACGGAUACAAUUCUCCGGGCGGAGUUCUCAUGCCCAGCGUCUAUUCCAUCGACGAUUGCAAGGUGAAAUGUACAAGGGAGAGUUCCUGUUAUUACGGAUUCGAUUGGGAUAACCGGGCAGCUAUAGGGGCUCAAUGUUGGAUUUCCGUUAGCAAUAAAUUGACUAGCUAUAGUCAGGUCGAUCACUACGGAUUGACACAAGGACUCCCCACACAAUCUCCGGUCGACCAGUCACCAUGCACGUGGAACAGUUUCGCAAACAGCAACAGCCCUGGUGGAGUGGCUAAACCAUUGUACACCACGAUUCCAGAUUGUCAGAAAUAUUGUAGGACCUCUGGCAAAGCCGUCUGCACAGGAAUCGAUUGGGAUCCGAACAAUUUUUUCAAAUGUUGGUUCUCUACUAGCAACUACACCAACAUCAAUGGCUUCAAAGGAGUCACGCAUUACAACUACUCCUGCCCAGGUGAUCCAGAGGUCGGGCCGUCAACUCAGUCGGCAUCCACACAACACCCAAAAAAAUUCAACAAUAGCAAAAUUAAAAUUAAUUUCCACAUCGCAGUCGGUUGGGGUUGCAACAACUAUCGAGUCUACUACAACAGUGCGGGAAAAUUCGGUGAUGGAAUACUGAAACCUUACACGGACCAAACUAUAUGCAGAAAUCAGUGUACAGUACAACCUAGCUGUAAGGCUUACGAGUGGAGGGAUGAUUCAGCUGAUAAGUGCUGGUUCUACAGUUCAGAAGCCGCACCACCAUAUGUAGGAACCGUCUCUUUUAGAACCUACUACUUGUUUGUGCCUUGUUAAGUAUUAGUUUGGAUUGGAUGGAAUGGAAGAGUGAAAGAAGAGAGAUAUGGAUAGAAUUAAAGUAGAUAGUAGAUUUGGGAUGUUGUAAGAUUAGAAAAUAGUAUGUAAGUAUAUGAAAUGUGUUGAGAUGUGACGAAAUAGAGUAUAAAGAAUUAAGUUAUAGUGAUUAAGAUGCUGUGAGUAUAUUAGAAUGAAGUAAUAAGUUAAGAGUAGUGGGUGAAUCUAACUAAAUGAAAUAAUAUAAUAAGGAAUAAAGUGUUGACGGUAAACGUAAAGCUGGGAUAAAACAUUCACUGGUUCAGUAGAUAAAUCAAAUAAUAUGGACAAAUAUUUUUUUCAAAUAUUUUCUUUCCAGUUUUAUUUGACAAAUACUUUGUAAUAUAUGAUAUAUUAAUUUACCUAUCUAUGCCGCAUUAAUAACGUUCAACUUACCUACGCAUAGUUUAAUAGUAUAUAAAGAAAAUUUUUAAAUUAAUAUUAUGAAAUUUAAUUUUUGAUUUAUAACAAAAAAUGAGCAUGGAUUCUAUUUAUUCAGUUAGAAAAUUUAAUUUUUUCAUUAUUUAAUUACUUAGUUCUAAUUACGCCGUUCGAGGCGGGACAUUUUAAUUUUGUCGAAACUAUGUACAGUUGUGAUUGAAGAAUAAAGUCCUUUUCUCUGACAAAA